AUGUAUCUGGACACAUACGAACAACUUGCGCAGAGGCUGCAUCAAUCAGAGCAAGUCUACGACCUUACAAUGAUCAAGCUCAAUCCAUUCAAUCUGAUGAGUCAAGGCUUAGAACUUCGAUCAGAAAACGUUGCUGCGGACGUGGCGUGUGAUCCACUCCUCUGCACGCAGCUCACCAUUGUUCCGAGUCAGGUCUUCGGACUGCCUAUGACAUCGAAUGCUACUUCUGGAGCAGCUGACGAAACCGUCGAGCAACACGUCGCCUCUUCGGAAACCACGCAGCCCGAGCGCCCUGAUGUCCAAUCGUCGUACGAAACGCAACAGUGCUUGACACAGAAUCAAGAAUCUUCAGACAAAAGGAGGUGUGCCAACGUUGACUCCUUCAACGGUUCUAGGGCUGCAAAAGGGAGACACCGCACCCGUUCAAGGUCAACUCUUGCCGUGGAGUUCUUUAUCUGUGGUUAUUCCGGCUGCAUCGAUCGUCGUACAGGCCAGCAAAAACGAUUCCGACGUCAGGAGCACCGCAAGCGUCAUGAGCGAACGGUUCAUGAAAGAGAUAGCUGUGCCCUGUAUAGGUGUCAGGUCCGGGGAUGUCGGAGUAAAGCUUUCACGCGCAAAGACAACUGCAAGAGCCAUAUGAACACAGUGCACGGGGUGAGCUUUUCCCAGGCGGACGGUCGCUCGACAAGUACAUAA